AAAUCGUGGAAAAUAUAAGAAUUAGAAAAAUUAGAUUUUAUAUUUUAUUUGUAAUUAGAAUUAUUUUAUUUAUUUUAUCAAUAAAAUUUUUAUUGAUUGAUUUAAUUUAUUUUAUUGAAUGAGAAGUAAUUUCUUUACAUUCAAUAUCAAUUGUAAUAACUUUUUUAUUUGAUUGAAUAAGUUUAAUAUUUAUAUCAUUUGUAUUAUUUAUUUCAAGAUUAGUAAUUUUUUAUAGAAUUGAAUAUAUACAAGAAGAUUUUAAUAUUAAUCGAUUUAUUAUAUUAGUAUUAAUAUUUGUAAUAUCAAUAAUGAUAUUAAUUAUUAGUCCUAAUUUAAUUAGAAUUUUAUUAGGAUGAGAUGGAUUAGGAUUAGUUUCAUAUUGUUUAGUAAUUUAUUUUCAAAAUGUGAAAUCUUUUAAUGCAGGAAUAUUAACGGCUUUAUCAAAUCGAAUUGGAGAUGUGGCUUUUAUUAUUAGCAAUUGCUUGAAUAUUAAAUUAUGGAAGUUGAAAUUUUAUUUUUUAUUUAGAUUUAAUAAAAAAUGAUUUUGAAAUAAUAAUUAUUGGGGUUUUAGUAAUAUUAGCUGCAAUAACAAAAAGAGCUCAAAUUCCUUUUUCUUCUUGAUUACCUGCUGCUAUGGCGGCUCCUACUCCAGUUUCUGCUUUAGUACAUUCAUCAACUUUAGUAACUGCAGGAGUUUAUUUAUUAAUUCGUUUUAAUGUUUUAUUAGUAGAUUCAUUAAUAGGACAGAUUUUAUUAUUAAUUUCAGGGUUAACAAUAUUUAUAGCUGGGUUAGGAGCAAAUUUUGAAUUUGAUUUAAAAAAAAUUAUUGCUUUGUCUACAUUAAGACAGUUAGGAUUAAUAAUAAGAAUUUUAUCAAUAGGAUUUUAUAAAUUAGCUUUUUUUCAUUUGUUAACUCAUGCCUUAUUUAAGGCUUUAUUAUUUAUAUGUGCAGGUGUUAUUAUUCAUAAUAUAAAAAAUAUACAAGAUAUUCGAGUUAUAGGAAAUUUAAUUAUAAGAAUGCCAUUAACUUGUAGAUGUUUUAAUAUUGCAAAUUUAGCAUUAUGUGAACCUUUUUUAGCGGGAUUUUAUUCUAAGGAUAUAAUUUUAGAAAUAGUAAUAAUAUCUUAUGUAAAUUUUUUUUCUUUUUUUCUUUUUUUUUUUUCUACUGGUUUAACAGUAUGUUAUUCUUUUCGGUUAGUUUAUUAUUCAAUAACAGGGAGUUAUAUAGGAACUUCAUUAAAUAUAUUAAAUGAUUAUAGAUGAAUUAUAAUUUUUAGAAUUUUUUUUUUAAUAAUUAUAGCAAUUAUUGGGGGAAGAAUAUUAAAUUGAUUAAUAUUUUUUAAUAAUUCAAUAGUUUGUUUACCAGUAUUAAUGAAGAUAUUAAUUUUAAUAAUUUGUAUUGUAGGUGGUUUAUUUGGUUAUUUAAUUAGAAAUAUCUCAUUUUUUUUUAUAAAUAAAUCUUUGUAUUUUUAUAAAAUAAGAAUUUUUAUAGGAAGAAUAUGGUUUAUACCAGUAAUUUCAACUUUAGGAAUUAUUAAAUUACCUUUAAAUUUAGGAUUAAAUUAUUUUAAAAUUUUUGAUCAAGGUUGAAGAGAAUAUUUUGGGGGUCAGAUAUUAUAUAAUCAAUUAAAAAAUUAUUCUUUAUAUAUUCAAGAGUUUCAAAAUAAUAAUUUAAAAAUUUAUUUAUUAAGUUAUUUAUUAUGAGUAUUUGUGUUAAUUUUUAUAUUAUUUUAAA